AGGUACGAACGGAUAGCAUUGAGCUCAGGCGCAACAAAGUUUACACGAGCCCACGCAAGCACCAAGAUCUCGAGGCCAAAGUUGGAUGCAGAGGAAGGCAAAUGCGCACGAUGGACACGAAGAGGUUCAGUCAUCACUGUCCUGUGGUAAGCGCAUUUGCAUCUGUGGUGAAUGCGUGGAGGGCGACAACCGGCUUCAAGCGAUGGCGCCCUUGGAACGGAAGCGCGCAGACCAAUGACCAUGGCACGCCAUUCGCUAACACACGUCCCGACUCGAGACCUAGGUCUACGACCAUCAUUUUCGUGGGAAUCACAACGACAGAGAAUUGCAGAGAUAGUAUGUCCGGACUCAGCAUAGACCACUUUACGAACAGUCUGAGAGGUGUGCACGGUAUUGGAGAUGUCGUCGAUCUACGGCGAAGCAACCUUGGCCAUGAAGAAGAGCAUCAGGAGAUAUCGGGCAAAUGUAUGACCUUGCACACGAGUGUUAAGCCACAGGAUACAGAGUAAAUGAGACGUUCGCGGCCUUGAGGUCAGACAGAGCGAGCAGGUGGCGAUGAUUGUGGGACAGGCCAAGAUGGUGAUGUUGCGCAGAAGGUCUGGGGCCGCCGUUAGCAUAUUCUGUCUGUGCAAGCGAGAGUGACAAGAGGACGAGGGGAUGAGAGGACGCUUGAGAAUUUUUCGAGUCGUAUGUGUAGGAUGGCAGAGAUGGAACUUCAACGCUUCAUGAAGGGCCUUCAGCCGUCAGCCGUGACGGAAUCUUGAGUACCGUAAGGAUG